AUGGCGGCCAAAGCUUCACAGGCCAAAACUAGAGAGGACCGUCUGCUAAAAGAGGUGGAAGAGCUGAAGAGGCUCAGAGCGACAGACAAGCAGAAGUCAAGAGCUCAUAAAGUCAAAGACAAGGUGAUUGUCGUUCUACAAGAUGAGCAUGAACUGAGCGCCGAACAGUCUAAGAAAGAGUUUGAGGAGCUCACCGCGGCCCGGAAAAGCCCUUCACUCAGCCACUCUCUGCACAAGUGUCCAGAGCAGGACCCAACCAGAGCAGCCAUUAGUGCUGCUGGACCCACCUCGCAUUACACACUUGUUAUCUGUCGCGGAGACACACACACCGCUUCCUGA